UGUAUGUAUGAUGAUAAGAAACACUAUGGACCUCUGCCUCUAACAUAUGGGGUUAACACUAACUCACAUUCUAGAGAUAAAGGGGCUCUAAGAAGAACCUCAGAGUGAAGUGUUGUUGACCCAAAGAUAAGGUCCUGAUCUGUGAAUGUGGCAUUGCUGGAAGUGGGUGGAGGAAACAGCAUCAUGUAGGGUAUAAAAGUAGCAGCCCUGGUGCGCUAAAACCCACACGGUAUUCGAAGGCCAAGCUGCAGAAGCUAAAAAAAUCAGAAGCUGCAUCUAAGAAAAGGGCACCAUGAAGUGGCUAAUCCUUGCUAUGGUGUGCCUUCACCUUUGUGAAGGUGCAGUUAUCAAAGUUCCCCUGAAAAAAUGUAAGUCCAUGCGAGAGGUUAUGAAGGAGAAGGGUGUCCUGGAAGAAUUCUUAAAGAAUAAUAAAUAUGACCCAGCAAGCAAGUUCCUUAAUGAAUUUGCCUCUGGCUAUGAACCCCUGUCUAACUACAUGGAUAUGUCCUACUAUGGAGAGAUCAGCAUUGGAACCCCACCACAGAACUUCUUGGUUCUCUUUGACACUGGGUCAUCCAACCUCUGGGUGGCUUCAGUAUAUUGCCAGAGUGAAGCCUGCACAAACCAUCCACUGUACAACCCGAACCAGUCUUCUACUUACUCCACCAAUGACCAAAGCUUCUCUCUGCAAUAUGGAACUGGAAGUCUCACCGGGAUCUUUGGCUAUGACACUGUCACUAUCCAAGGCAUUUCCAUUACCAGUCAGGAAUUCGGCUUGAGUGAAACUGAACCUGGUACUAACUUUGUCUAUGCCCAAUUUGAUGGCAUCCUGGGAAUGGCUUAUCCUGCCAUCUCUUCUGGUGGUGCUACCACUGUGCUGCAAGGACUGCAGCAGGAAAACCUUCUGGAUUCCCCUGUUUUUGGCUUCUAUUUGAGCGGCAAUGAGGGUUCCCAGGGUGGUGAACUUGCCUUGGGAGGAGUUGAUACCAACUUGUACUCUGGUCAGAUUGUCUGGACUCCAGUCACUCAAGAAGCUUACUGGCAAAUUGGGAUUCAAAGCUUCUAUAUCGGCAACUCAAUCACUGACUGGUGCAGCCAGGGAUGCCAGGCAAUUGUCGAUACUGGAACAUCCCUCCUGACUGCUCCACAGCAGGUCUUUGGUGAGCUGAUGCAAUAUGUUGGAGCAGAACAGGACAGCAAUGGCCAGUAUGUGGUCAGCUGCAGCAACAUUCAGAGCAUGCCAACUAUUACAUUUGUCAUUGGUGGAAGCAGCUUCCCCUUGAGUCCCUCUGCUUACGUCUUGGAGAACAACAGUGGCUACUGCACAGUUGGCAUCAUGCCCACAUACCUGCCAUCCCAGAAUGGGCAACCCUUGUGGAUCCUUGGUGAUGUCUUCCUCAGGUCAUACUACUCCGUAUAUGAUUUUGGCAACAACCAGGUUGGCUUUGCUGCAGCAGCAUAAACUCAUCCAGCACCCUUACGAGCCUCUUCAAACCUCUUCAUUCUUCCUCUUCUUAUGCUUCUGUUUGCUAAACUUUAAGUCUACCACUCAUUCAUUCAUUUCCCUUUCUAAGAACUUGGAUAUUUUUCUUCUGCAGCAUUUGAAAUACCUCCUGUGAAAGAUCCAUAACAUGAUUGUUGGCUUUCUCUCCAAAGUUACUGCAAACAAAUAAAGUAAUUAAACAAACUUGA